GGACCACAACACUGGGCAUGGAAAUCGGAGCGAAAGCAUUUCAGAAAUUAUAAUCUAACACAACACAACUGCUUUAAAAUCAGAUAUUCUAACCUAUUUUUUUUUUUUUUUUAGUUUUGUAUGACUGCUGACUAAACCGCACCAUGUUUAUCUCUUCACAAACCUCUGAACCGUGCUUCCGAGACUUCACCCUGCUCCUGCCAGCGGUGGCAGUGGGUAACGUGGGUCAGCUGGCUGUGGACCUCAUAGUGUCCACCCUCAACAUGAGCAGAGUGGGACACAUACACACUGACUGCCUCAUCCCCAUGUCUGGAAACAACCCGUACGCCACCUGUAAAGAUGAUGCUGAGGAGCUGCACACUCCUGCAGAAGUUUACACAGCAGCAGAACUGAAGCUGGCCGUUCUUCAGAUCAGAGCACCAAUUAUUCAGACGAAGUCCAAAAAGUUUCGCCAGCUGCUCGUGUCGUGGAUCAAAUCCAGCGGCUUCUCCAGGACCGUUGUUCUUUCCAGCAGCCACGCCUACCAGCGGGACGACCAGCAGCUCCAAGGCAAUCCUCUGAGGUACCUGGUGACGCCGUCCCUGCUGAAGGUGAGCGCAGACGCUCUGAAGGAGCUGGGCUGGAAGGAGAUGGAGCGAGUGCCCGCCUUCCCCGGGCUGCCCGACGCCAACGCGGAACCACGGCUCCUCAUCCCCGGAGGAGGCAUCUCUAAAGGACUUUACACAGACAGCUGUGCUGAGGAUCUUCCGCUGGCUGUGCUGCUCCUCUUCUGCUCAGAAGGCGACAACAUCCCCGACGCCUUCGCCCUGGUCAACCACCUCAACGACUGGCUCCAUCUGCUGGACACUCAUGGCCAACAAGCUACCAAAUGGAAGAUCCCAGCCUCGUGGAAUCUGCUGUUUGGAAGUGGCAUCCCUCCUGCAUUGUUCUGAACAACAUAUAUAUAUAUAUAUUUGUCAGUUUUGGCUGCAUUUAUGUUUCAGUUUUGAUCAUUCAUAUAGACACUUCUGCUCCAUUAUAAGAAAAAAAAUGUAAAAUAAAGACGGCACUUCUCCCCUCCCCCUUAUUUUUGAUAUGAACCUUCAUGAAAUGUGUCGUUACGGGAACCGAGCAAAACCGCCGCUCGUGUGGAUGUACUGCGGCUUUUCAAAUGUUAAUGAUUUCCAAUAAAAUAGAAGAAUCUGGCGUGA